ACUCCUUCAUGGUCGGGAACUGCGGAUGAUCGCGAUAAAUCAGCAAGGAGCAAGGGAAUGCAUUCGUGAAUCCUUUUUCCUUGCCUAGUUGACUUUUCCUUAGGCGCAUAAUUUAAAGCCCACAAACAGGGAAAAUCGUAAAGAGGAAUGUCCGGCGGAUCGCUCAUAACGUUAAAAACCCAACCCAGCGAUGCAGCCAAUAGUGCGAAUGCUGCUGCCCAGCAGCAGCAAACAGCAAAUGGCGCAGCAGCUUCGUCUGCCCAAAAUGUAGGUGGAGGGAACGCACAGGAAGGAACUCGGCAAAACAGCUUACAGCGGAUUCAACAGCGUAAGCAGAAAGUGUUCAGCUUGCCAGUAUCACAGAAACUGGCGAAAUUGUCGAUGUACUCCGCUUGCCAGACGGAGGGCUGCCGUUGCACCGGAUGGAAAACUCCCCAGGAGAACAGACACCGUGAUGUAGAGUCUUCGUAUUGCCCGGAGUUUAGUGAGGAGUGUCGUAACGUUAGCUGCCGCCAUCCGCUGAGUGCCCACAUCGCUCAUCUUGAUGGCAUCUCGAACUCUAGCAUGGAUGAGUUACUGGGUGCCAUUAUUGACAUGGAGAACUUGUUUAUGUCAAUGCAGAGGGUGGAAGAUGAGGACACGAAAAAGGUAUAUUUAUAUUUGUUUCGGCUGUUGCGUCAAUGCGUGCUAACACGUCAGCAUCCCACCAUCCGUGGACCUUUGGGCGAUCCACCAUUCGAAUCCCCCUGCAUCACCAAGGCAGUCUUAUCCCUUGUGUUUUAUAAGUUCAACCAUUUAAAUCCAACGGAACUUCAAACAAUGACUGAAGUGGCAAAAACAUUCUUGAAUUUUUUAAACCACUACAACUUUGAGUCGCCAUCUGCACGUCGUGGAGACUUAAACCACGAGGAUGCCUCCAAUUAUAAGAUAAACUACACGCGAUGGUUGGUGUUUUGCCACGUUCCUGCCUUCUGUAACUCCUUGCGCCAAUUCGAAACGUCACUCGUGUUUGGAAAAACGCUACUUCGCACCGUAUUCCAAUACAUGUCUCAGCAACUGAAAAAGAAAUGCAUAUCUGAGCGCGAUCGCUUUCCGGAGGAUAAGCGUUCAAUAAUAACAUUGAUGCCGAAGUUUCUAGAAGGACUCAAAGCUGAGCUCCUAAAAGACAAUUCUCCUAUAUGGGACCCCAAUUACAGGCCACCAAAUGCAUUUGUCAUACAGCAACGUAAGCGCCACCAGGAAGCUAUACCUGCGACUAACAGUGGUAGUUCCGUAGUAGCUGCAAAUGGCAAACGCUCAAGCGCUGGAGAGCCGGUCAACAAGAGGGCCAAAAAGGAUGUGCUGGAGCGUAUUACCGAAAAUCAAGAUGACCUUCCCACAGAAGUGGUAAUGCGUGCCAUGAAAGCAGUAUCAGAGUCAAAAACAACGAACAAAGCUGAAAUUUUGUUUCCUGUAAAUGUGUCUCGUGAUGAAAAUGUCAAGGCCGAGGAGCAAAAGCGUGCCAUCGAAUUUCACGUUGUGGGUAAUUCACUCACAAAACCAGUUGAUAAGCAAACUAUGUUGUGGCUGUUGGGUCUCCAGCUUGUGUUUGCUUAUCAACUUCCCGAGAUGCCUCGCGAGUACAUAAGUCAACUGGUUUUCGAUACAAAACAUAAAACCUUAGCGCUCAUUAAAGAGAACCAGCCCAUUGGAGGCAUAUGUUUCCGUCCGUUUCCUACCCAGGGCUUCACCGAAAUUGUCUUCUGCGCAGUUACCAUGUCAGAGCAAGUUAAGGGCUACGGCACCCAUUUGAUGAACCACUUGAAAGAUUACAGCAUUCAACGUGGCAUUAAGCAUUUGCUUACAUUUGCCGAUUGUGAUGCCAUUGGCUAUUUUAAAAAGCAAGGCUUCUCUAAGGAUAUCAAGUUGGCUCGACCUGUGUAUGCUGGGUACAUUAAGGAAUAUGAUAGUGCAACGCUUAUGCACUGCGAGUUGCAUCCAAGCAUUGUGAAUACACAAUUUAUUGCAGUGAUCCGCAAUCAAAGUGAAAUUCUUAAGGAACUAAUUGCUCAACGUCACAAUGAAGUUCAAAAAGUUAGACCAGGUCUAACCUGUUUCAAAGAAGGUCUGCCGUCUAUCCCUGUGGAGUCUAUUCCUGGUCUUAGGGAAAUUGGUUGGAAGCCUCAAAUGCGCCCAGCCCGGGCUUCACGUCCCCUAGAGGAACCAUCUGAUCCAGAAAAACUGGCGUCUGCAUUUGCAUCUGUUUUGCAGUCGGUGCGCCAACAUAACACAGCCUGGCCCUUUCUGCGCCCCGUUACUGCUGCUGAGGUGCCCGACUACUACGACCACAUUAAGUACCCAAUGGACCUAAAAACAAUGGGCGAGCGUUUGAAAAAAGGCUAUUAUCAAACACGACGUUUGUUUAUGGCAGAUAUGGCUCGCAUAUUUACGAAUUGCCGUUUUUAUAAUUCACCUGACACUGAGUAUUUUCGCUGUGCAAAUUCCCUUGAGCGCUACUUCCAAACCAAAAUGCGAGAGCUGGGAUUGUGGGACAAAUGAUCUCCCGAACUCAUUGAUCUUCAAAGUACUGAAAAAGCAUAAAAGACCUUAGUUAAAAUUCGUUUCUAUCACUAAUUGAGUCUCACAGUUUUCAUUAUUUAUUUUAGGAUACCGAAAUCAUAAAAAAUUAUUUAAAAAUAAACUCAUGUAAGUAUUACA